AUGGAAACACCGUCUUCAGUACUUCUGUCGGUGAACUCAGGCGAUUGGUUGGCGUCGCUGAAUUUGAGCGACGCUUACCUCCACAUUCUCAUUCACCAUCUCAGAUUCCCUAUAGAGGGCAAAAUCUACGAGUUUACCGCCCUUCCUUUCGGUCUGUGCACGGCACCGUAUGUCUUGACCAGCGUGCUAAGACAGGUGACCCAGCUGCUGCUCCAGUCGUCGGUCUAUCUGAACCCAUACCUUGAUGACUGGUUAAUACACAACCGAGACAGGGAGGUCUUAGUGAAGCAUGUGCGGUUGACGCAGACGCUCCUGCACGAGUUGGGCUUUUUAAUAAAUAUUGCCAAGUCAAACACUAUACCGUCCCACAGCCUAGUGUGUCUGGGUAUGCAGUUCAACACAGAGCAAGGGCGUGUUCGCCCCUCUCAGGAGAGAUGCGGCUCGCUUGUAGAGCUCGCCAGCCAACUCUGGUCGACGGGAUCGGUGUCAAUAUGUCAAUAUUGGCAAAAUGACGGCAGUUCGUCAUCUGGUUCCGUUAGCAGCUCUCCGGUCUUGUCCGAUUCAGAGGUGCUUACUGGACUACAGAGUCCACAUGCAGAACUUGACCUUCAGGGUUCAACUGUCGGAUCAAGCGAUGGCGACCCUCCUUUGGUUGCAGGACGCACAGAACUUGGUAACGGGUGUACCUCUAGAUACGACGACCCCUUCGCUGACUCUCAUUACAGAUGCGUCGCUCCAGGGAUGGGAUGGUCAUCUCAUGGACCUUCAGGUCCAGGGGAUGUGGCCGCCCACAUAUUGGGACAACCACAUCAAUUGGUUGCAGACCGUCCUAUUGUCUCUGAAACAUUUUCAGGAAGUCGCACAUCACCACAGAGUCUUGCUUCGGACAGACAACAGCUCAGUAGUGUCGUACAUCAACAAGGAGGGGGGACUCAUUCCCCCACGUUGUCAAAGCUAGCGGAGGAGAUUCUCCUUUGGUGCCUGGAGAACCAAGUGGAGCAAUCGGCUCACCACCUUCUGGAAAUACACAACAGUGCCGCGGACGCCCUCUCGCAACGUAUUCGGUUCAAGAACACCGAGUGGCAGAUCCCCCAAUGGGUGGCAGACAGGCUUUUUCGUCUCUGGGACGGUCCCCGGAUAGAUCUGCUUGCCAAUCACCAGAACGUCAAGCUCCCAAUGUACGUGUCACUCCUCCCGGAGACGAGCGCAUUCACCACGGACGCUCUAUCGAUCUCUUGGAGCCACAUAGACGCUUACGCAUUUCCACCCUUCCAUCUGGUGACAAGUGUUGAGCCCACCUGUAUUCUGACAUUGGUGGCGCCCAGUUGGCCAGUGAAGAUCUGGUUCCCGUUGUUGCUGGAACUAGUCAAGUCGCCAGUGGAGCUGCCGGAUUUUCUGGAUCUGUUGUCCCAGCCAGAGGGCACGUUACCAAUGAGCCCCACGUUUUUUCAUCUUCACGUGUGGAGGCUAUCGAUAAACUCGUGCAAGCGCAAGGCUUUUCUGCAGAGUUGUCCAAGUUCCUCGCUUCGGCACAGUCAAACUGCACCAGACAGUUGUACGAAUCGAGAUGGAAAUAGUACUCUGAUUGGUGUGACGAAAGGGAGAUUGGUCCUUCUAUUAGCGAGGUAG